UAUCUUUUUUCUCUCUUUUUCUUCUCCUUUUUAUUUAUCUUCUCUUGCAAUUAUUCAUUUACUGUUAUGGUAGUGAAAAACAAAUUCGAGCUAGCUGAUACAAGCCAAAAAACAGAGGAUAGCUUGACGCAAACAUUAAAAGCUGCUUUCCAGACCAACACUAUUUAUUCUCGUAUCAGUGACUCAACAUAUGUUGCCAUCAACCCUUACAAAUCGUUUCCUAAUCAAAGUUUGCAAUAUGUAGCGGAAUACAAAGACACAGGCUCGGAUGCCCUGGAGCCCUUACCAACACACAUAUAUAAAUUAACAAAUCAAGCUUAUUUGCACAUGAGACGAACUGGUAUAGAUCAAUCUAUUAUCUUCAAUUGUAAAAGAAAAGAGAAAGAAAGAGAGGCUUUGGUUACUGAUGAUGAGGCAUAUAUACACACAAUGGCUUUAUCAUUUGACUUCUAUACAGUAAACCGUAAGAGAAAAGACUAUGUAUUGAAGAUCAAACAAAAGAGAAGCCAUUGUGUUCAUGUCUAUAUCAAUGAAAUUGAUCACCAUUAUUUUUAUAAAGGAGAAAGAUGGAAAGGGGACGAAACGGGGAUCGGGGAGACAAAUGGAGAUUAAAAUAAAGUGAAAAAAUAUCUUUGUUAACACUUAUUUUGAUAGUGGUGAGUCAGGCAGUGGCAAAACAGAAUCAUUCAAGUUAGUAUUGAAUCACCUUGUUCAGCUCUCGUCAGCAAAGAAAGAAUCUA